AUAGCUGGAGUAUUGCUGAGUGAGGCGUUAAACAACAAACGAUAAACAAAAUCCUUUAAGCGUAUAUCCGUGAUUGUGUAAUCCACCCACUGUUGCAAUACUGCAAAGAGGCAACAGAUCUUGUGUAUCAACACAGUGCAACAGUAGCAGAAUGCCCGUCCACAAGGGGCAGCAACACAACCACACUGACAUAUGGGUUAUAAAUAACUGACAGAAACUUUAAAUAGCCCACCCGUGUCGUCACGAAGCACUACGCAUGCGUCCCUUCUUGUUACUGCGCAAACGAUGACAGAACAAGGCGGCCUUUGAUCCGGAGUCAGCUGAGUCUGAAGGUAUGUAAGGCGGCAUGAUGCUGAGGCUGGGCCUGGGGAUUGCACUUCUGGUACUCCUGCCCCUUGUCACACAGGGUGGACAGAGGUCUUUGAAGAUAUGUCCCCCGGGAAAAGAGUUGAGGAAGAAUGGUCAACAAGACUGGAGAUGCAAACGAUGCCAAGAUGGCUACUUCUCCAAAGGUUCUCCAGCACUCUGCAAACCCUGCCGGACAUGCAAACACGGUUAUAAAAAGAAAUGCACACGAAAGAAGAAUGCAGUUUGCAAAAAAUUGUCGCUUAAAGAAUGCAUGCAAAACUGGCUCAAACACCAGCAUGUUAUAAAGGAAUGUCGUAGCCAGAUGGAAGUGUUCAUGCGACUCCUAGAAAUGAAGUGCAAGGGAAAGAAAAUGAAAAAGAAACACUGUAUGCGCAAGGUGAUGAAGAAAUUCUUCAAGCAUGAAUACCAUACACCAAGGAGCACAACAGGUAUAUCAACAACAACAGCAGCAACAACAGCAACGACAACAACAACGACAGGGAUAACACAUACAGCCUACAUGCCCUACUCUACAAUGCUGUCUUUAGCCCAUGACGAAGCUAACUAUGAAGCAGAUGCACCAGGAACACCGUCGCCAGAACAUGAGGGGAUUGACUACACUACUUUGAUAGCUAGUAUAGCUGGGAUAGUGUGUCUUGCCAUUAUUAUUUUGACAAUCGUUGUAACACUGGAGAAGAGACGCAAGGUUAAAAUGAAGAUGUUCAAAGACAUUAAUGUGGACACAGAUCACGAAGGGACACCUGAGACUAAUUUUCCUUCUUUGGAGAGAUCAGAUUGGAAUGAAAGUCUUCAAACACACACAGAUGAUACGUGCAACGAGGGUACAGCUGUAGGCAUGAAUCCAGUGGAUAUUCCAGUAGGUGAAGGUUCCCAAUCAGCUUCAGUCUCGCGCCACCAAACACGAACAAUGACAUCCACAAGUCAACAUGACAAUUUUACUGAAGAACAAAACAUGAAGUCUGCUCUCGAUUUGCCGCAAAUGGUAUCCAAAGUCUAUGAUCCGGAGACGGAAUGGCAAAAUUGGUCUCGUUCGCUGCCUUUAAGCAAAAACAGACCCUGCCUACAAUCAGCUCUUGUGCAUCAGGCUUCUUCAGAUCGGGUCCUUCUGUGUCAGGUUUCUGGCAGUUUCAAUAAAGACAAACUAUUAGCAAGACACCUCGAUACAGUUUCAGAUGUCGACGAAAUGCCAGCUGAGGUUAUCCCAAAGCUGCAGAAUGACACGCCGGUCAGCUUUGUAACACCAGUAGCUAUCAGAGAUGAAUUUACCAGUCACGACACUUUGGUGCAGAGUGACCGAAGCCAAACCUCAGCUGUAACAGAAGAUGAGGACUACUCAAUUGACAGAUACAGCGGUGCAGCUUCUACUCAGAGAACUUCACCAGCUGAAAACUGCCCGCCAAACAACUGCAAUAGUAGGAAACAUAGCAUACCUUCAAUCCGACUUGAUAAUUUUAUAAAUAACCUAGAAUAUCAGAAAUACAAAACCGUCAGACCGGAAAAUCUUUAUGGAAAUCUAUUCUCAUCAAGAGGAACACAAACAAAGCGUAAUCAUGAAAACACAAGAACUAUAUUCGGAUACGAAUGGAACAAAUCUGCUGAAUUUACAUCCACGGGAGGAAGCCUGAGUGUUCGAAGGUCGGACAUAAGCCUGCAUGUUCCACGGGACGCCGUGCCCACAGGGGAAAGUGUGUCUGUACAGGCGUAUUUCACUCCCGAGUUCCACAACCUCCAACCAUACAUGGACGAUGACGAGGUGAUUGUAUCCCCAGUUGGGGAAUUUCAAAUGUCGCACAAGACGACGUGGGACAGGCACGUCAGGAUUCACAUACCAUACAUCCAGAGGAAUCCAGAGGAAACGUUCAGGGUUAGAUUCUUCCAGGAGAACACUUCAGGCAACAUUGAGCUUGGCGAUGUCUCCGUGAAGGUGGAUGGGGUAAACCAGGACAUGUAUUACGUCAAGGAGGACAAUCAUGUCGAGAUCUUCACCGUCCAUUUCACUGGCUUCUUCUGUUCUGUGUGCGGACACACCUGCCCGCUGGACCUCGUGGCGCUGGUGUUCGGGUGUUACGGUCAACACGACCACGAGGCCUGGGUCACGCUGCUUGUCGGGGAUCGCAGGAACAGCAUCCCAGAAGUCAGGCAGAAAAUCCUUGAUAAAGAAAGGGCCCUCAAUGGCUCGGAGCUGGUGGCUGAACGCUCAGUCCGACUGGUAGAGGACUAUGACUGCGAGAGUAGGCUGAUGUUCCGACUUCAUGUCCGGACUCAGGCUCAGCUCUGGAGCAAUGCUGACUCGGAGUCAGGGGAUCAGCAGGUUAGGCGUCUGCGGGAACUGAUAAAGUGCAGUUGCUCCAAAGUCCCGGAUGUGCCACAGUCCGAGUUUGAAUCCCACCACAAAUGUGAGGACAGAUUGCAGUGGGUGUACACCUGUGAUGACCCGCUCCCCGACACCUUCUCGUGCAAGAUCCACGUGGAACACGUGCUGAAUGGUGACGUUGUCACGCCCAGACACGACACGUGUAACGAAGGCGUGACUAACAUCCUUGUUCCACCUCUGAAACUGCCACGCCCACAACAACAUAAACAGAUGAAGAGCCAAGAUGCGGACCAGCCAAUGGGGUUUGGCGAGCUAUCCAGUUCAAAGAAGCCACUGUUUUCCCGUAAUACAAACACCUCUUUGAUGGGACCUCUUCAUCAACGAAAGCAGGAGUGUACCUAUAGACAGGACACAUAGUUUAGUAUAUCUAUGUAUACCGCAUCCGUACGUUGCUUUGAUACUGGCAGUUUUGUUACCAUGUGGAUUCAUAAGAACAUAAAUACCAACAAACAGGCUGGCAGGUUAUAUGGAAGCAGGCGACCAGUACACUAGUGUUCACGCACCUGGGUGUAAGUGUCAGCGGGGUGUAAACGUCUUUAUCUGUGAGACAUGUGCAAGAUUUGCAAAGACAAAUUCCUCCCUGCAGUUUGUAGCACGAGGAUUGUAAGGCCGCCUCACUUACAGCCGCAUAUGGACCAGGUCGAUGUGACGUCAGUCUUGGACGUUUAACUCGUGACUGAAACCAACGCGCAGGACAUGGUGCUGACAGACCAAGUACCAGUAGUAGUAGGAGAAUCUGGCACCACGACCAUUGAACGUUGAUCCACCAAUGGAUGGAACUCUGUUAAACCUCGUGACUUGAUGCUCGGUCAUGUGACCGUGCUUGUGUUGGCCGAUAGGACAUGUAGUAGCUGACAUGGGCGGUGUCCCAAAUACUCACAAACAGCUGUGUGUGCGCGCGUGCGCGCGUGCGUGCGUGCGUGCGUGCGUGUGUGUGUGUGCAAGUGGUGGGGGUGGGGGGAUGGGGGUGGAAGGGGUGAGGCUGAUGACGUUUGUUUGUUUUUAUUUACGGACUUCUGUACGUACGUGGGUACGUAGUCAGGUGUAGUUCUAUGUAGUCAGGGGAAACCUGCAAUUAUCUGGUAAUACCGGUAAUCUUUUCACUCACGGUUAACCUUGCCACUGACAAACCUUAAGUGUGAAUGAAUAGCCUCAUAUCCUUCCAAAUUCUCACAUGAUGAGAAACUGACUCAAUCUCGGCAAUAAACCUACACGAGUAUACGUAAAGUGACAUCUGAACAUUGAAGUUGGAUCUGUGGCUAGCGUGGCCUAUCAGCGAGGCAAUAGACCGAGCUGGGGGGUGUUGGGUCACAGUGCUGUUAGUCAAAAGCAUGCAGUGGCAAUUAGUGGAGGUAAAACUGAAAGAAAGCUUACUCUAUGUUACAGAGCUGUGGAAUUAAUGUUAAAAGUAUACAAUACUAAUGUCUAAAACAUAACUUAUUUUCUAACUAAUAAUAUCAGGGUUCAUAAUCGGAAUCAGUAGAACAUACACGUUAUUAUUUUGAUAUAGGAGAACUGGCAAAACAUGAAUGGAGUUCAAUGGAUUACAUGUAAUCUUGUAUUUCAUUUAAGAUUUGCACCACAGCAUUGCUACUCUCGUAGGUCAAUAAACAAUGAAUAAUA